AUGACCGUCGGCUCCCUCCCUCCUUCUCCAACAGAACAAGAUCCUCUUCUCCCUCCUCCCUCGGAAGAACCAAAACCGCUCAAUCACCCUUCCCGCGCUGACCUCGUCUGGAUACUCACUGGGCUAUGGAGCGCUGUCUUCCUCGGUGCGCUGGAUGGGACCAUCGUGGCUACCCUCCUGACACCAAUAGGGAGCUACUUUAACAAAGCCCACGAGGCUUCCUACCUCGGCACUUCCUACCUGCUCAGCGUCUGCUGUUUCACGCCUCUCUACGGCCGACUCGCGGACAUCCUUGGCCGGAAAGGCGCCGAGCUCCUAGCGCUCACACUCUUUGGCAUCGGGACCGUCCUGUGCGGCAUAGCGCCUAGCAUGAGGUUCCUUAUCAUCGCCCGUGCCGUAGCGGGCAUGGGAGGAGGGGGGAUCAUGACCGUGAGCUCGAUCGUGGUCACGGAUCUGAUACCGUUGAAGCACCGGGGCUUGUAUCAAGGAUGUGCGAAUAUUCUAUUCGGCGCCGGUGCAGGGCUAGGCGGUCCGCUCGGUGGUUUCCUGAACGACCGGCUAGGAUGGCGCUGGGCAUUCCUCAUCCAGAUCCCCUUCCUCGUCCUCUCCUACGUCAUUGUCCUGUUCAAAGUCACGAUCCACCUGCCCUCCCAGGCCCAGUCCCUCAGCGAAAAGAUAAAACGGAUCGACUAUCUCGGUUCCCUCACCCUCGUCCUAGCGGUCGGCUGUUCCCUGCUAGGCAUAAGCCUAAACACGAGCGAGGAACUCCCUUGGACUCAUCCGGCUGUCUGGGGCCUUUUACUUGCCGGAGGAACGAGCACGGUCGCUUUUGUCGUGGUGGAGAAAUGGGUCGCACCCCAGCCGGUCAUGCCCCUGCGCUUGCUAGUCAGGCGCAACCCGUUCUUCGUCGCUCUUACCAAUCUGCUGGUGAGCAUAUCAGCCUUCUCAGGACUGUACAACGUCCCUCUCUAUUUUUCCGCUGUGCGCCUCACGUCUGCUACGGAGUCCGGUCUGCACCUGCUGCCGAACAGUGUUGCCCUCUCUAUCGGAUCUCUCUUCUCAGGCUGGAUAAUGCGGCACACAGGCCGAUACUGGUCUCUCAACCUCUUCGGUGCCUUCCUCCCCAUCCUCUCCUCCACCCUUUUCUCCCUCUGGACGCGCAACACCUCCGACUUCCACCUCUGGUUCGACAUCAUCCCCAGCGGGUUUGGCCACAGCAGCUUGAUAACCAGCACGUUGAUAGCGCUGAUCGCGAGUGUCGAUCGGGCAGAUCUGGCCGUCGCUACAGGGAUUUCCUACUUGUUUCGUACUACGGGACAGGUGCUCGGCGUGAGCUUGUCAAGUGCUGUCGUACAGGGGUUGCUGAACAAGUACCUCCAUGAACGGAUCACCGGUCCCGGGUCAAAAGAACUCAUCGAGCGCAUCCGGCAUUCCACAGCCCUGAUCCCAACACUCGACCCACCCACCCAAGCCGCAGCAGUCGACUCGUACGCUCAAGCCCUGCGCGUCGUCUUCAUCCUCCAAACUGUGAUCUCUUUCCUGACAUUCUUGUGCACGCUUCCGAUCCAGGAGAACCCACUGCCGUGA